AUGAUGCUCGCUCAACUGGCGACAGCAACAUCGGAUACAACUACAUCCGCCGACGACAGCCGAGUGAUCCUCCUACUGGAUUUCCGCAAGGAUUAUGACACGGUCGAUCGCGAAUUCCUGUAUGAGGCUCUUCGCCAAUUUGGUUUCGCGGAAAGGUAUGUUCAGCUUAUUACUCGACUACAUACUGGUACUACGGCCGCGUUCCUUGUAAAUGGGGAACAGUCUCGUCCCAUCUCCGUCGUUUCCGGUAUCCGGCAAGGCUAUCCACUCGCCCCUUUGCUUUUUCUCGUCGUGGUGGAGAUAUUGGGCGUUGCGGUACAGCAAUCACCAGAUUUGUCUGGGCUUCCUGUCCCUGGACGACAUCCGGCAACGCACGUUUUCUCGGCGUUUGUGGAUGACUCGACGAUCUUUCUCGAGAAGGCCAGUCAGCUGGAGCCAGCGAUAGCUCUUCUCUCUCAAUUUGGGACCCUAUCAGGGCUAGUUGCCCAACCCUCCAAGAGUCAGAUCAUUUGUCUUAAUCGGGCUGUGCACGUAGCCGACAUGCGGGGCAUUCCGGUCCUUCAACAGGCGGACACGGUGCGAUACCUGGGCUAUCAAGUCGGACUAAGACCCUUACACAAUUGCAACUGGGCGCUUCGCAUCCGGAAGCUUCAACGGAGGCUAAUGACAGCUUCUAGGGUGGCGACUAGUGUGGCGAAUCGGGUGUUGAUCCUCAACUCCAUCAUUCUUUCGUCUGUUCUGUUCACGGCGGCGGUGUUCGAUAUGCCUGAGUGGGCACGACUUGCUGUCCACAACCUGUACAAACAAUUUUUAUGGGCUCAUGCGACUUCAACGGAAGCCAGCCGACACAAGAUUAACCCGGGACUACUUUUCACCCCCAAAAAGGCAGGGGGGGUUGGGUUGGCCUCUUUGGAAGUGGCUAUUAAAACGCAGCGUACCAAGCACGCUUUACAGUGGCUCACACAAGCUCAGGACAAGACGCAGGCAGCUGAGGCUGCAUCGUGUGUCGGGGCACCGUCCCCAAAUUCAUGGGUACCGGACGUUGACAAGCUUCUACACCCUACGGUAGAGCAAGCCACCAUACUCAGCGAGCGGGUACGAACGUACUACCACCCCGUCCUCCACGGCGCCAGUAGCUGGUGGGAGGAGGAGGAAUGGGUUCUGUCGUAUCAUCACCCUUUCCCGGCUGGGUUACCUGCGCUCGAUCCUCAACAGUGUGCGCUACAUCGCUUUUGGGGGACACUAGGCUGGAGUAAUAACCCGUGGAUCCAGGACGGCAAUGGCCUUCCGCUAAAAUCCGCUACCUACGACCGGAUCGCGAUCUGCCCCAUCUCGGACCUGCACAUUCGGCGAGCAGGGCCAACUGAAUUUAUUUUUCGCAUUAAGCCGGUUGGACCCCGAUCUAUGCACCACUCGCAGCCUAAACUCCGUCGGUGGGCGACGGCAAUCUUGCUGGCAUCCCCUACGUUUCCCAUUGGGGGCGAAUUAGCGCUCGAACCUGAGCUGGUUCUUCGCCAUGCACCACCUUUUCGACAUGAAUGGACCUGGGUCUCGGUGCAACAAGGUCGAGUGGUCGGGAGGCGAGAGGGGUACUUGGAAGUCGCUGACCAGCCUGUUGAACUGCAGCAGAGUGCGGAUGGAAUUCGCUGGUUUUUCACCUCUUACCUACCAGAUUUAGCUACUAAUUCGGACGAGGACAGAUCCAUUUGGGACCUACGCCUGCGUCGUCACGGCGUCGUGUUUUACUCCCAUCCCGGGCAUCAUGGCUUUCCUUGGGCCGUUGCCGAGUCGGUCGCGAAUUUAGCUAUACGAAAAGCUAUUUCACGCCUGGCGUUCACGUUUCACAAAAGACUUCUUGCAGUCGCAUUGCGACCGCUGGUGCGGCGUCUGGACGCCGUCUGUGACUUCGAUCAGUGGCAGAGGGCUGCCGCAAACCAAGACCCGGCACACGUUUGGAAGCAUGCCAAUGGCCUUUCCGACCAUCAGGUCUGGACUUGUUACCGUAUAGCCACCAAGCAACUCAACUUGUACCAUGCCGGCCGUCCGGCGGACAAUAGUUGCCGGGCGUUAUCGGCGUGUCACGGUUGCAAAGAAACGCCGGCUCACAUCUUUUGGGACUGCCCCAAGGCGCGCGCGUGCUGGGGUCAACUCAUUACCCAUUGGACAGGUGAACGGGCUGGGAGGCCGUGGGGAGAGCGUAGGUUCGUCGGGAGUGUGAAUCGUCACGCGCCGGAGAUACCGUCCAAGCAGCGUCUUCGGAUUUACCAUAUGCUCCCGGAGGACUUAGAGGCUGGUGUCGCGGUUUGGAAGCGUCUCUGGUUUAUUAUGAGCAGCAUUUGUCGGACCCACUUAUGGAAUGAGCGGAACGACGCGGUUUUUCGAGGAGUGCAGUCGACGCCUCUCCACAGCGCCGCGCGUUUUUGGGCGCUGGGAAUUCGACAUCUUACCGCAUUAGCGAAACGCGAACAUCGCGGUCCCGCCACAGCUGUCGCCGGGGCUAUCAUGCAUACCUGUAUCGACCUCUUUAUUCUCGAACCUCGGGAUGGGCCGAUACCUUUAGGUGACAGCCACGACAAGCUACCAGUUCCGGAGCUAUUGUCCUGGCUUAGAAGUUUUCAGACAUCUUUAGCAUAA